AUGGCCGAGUACAUCAACGAGAAGGCCGGAUAUCUCGACGAGAAGGCUGGCGCCGUCACAGUCGACUUCGCGCCGUGGAGGCCGCGCACCCAGACCUACAUUGACGGCCACACUCUCCAGGCUGUGACCGUUGAGAAGGCAUGGGGAGAGUACAAGCUGAAUGACGGCAACUCUAUUCCGGCCAUCGCCUACGGUACUUGGACUCUCGGUAACGGAGACAACGCUAUUGGUCAGGUUGACCAGGCUUUGGGGACCGGCUUCGACCAUGUCGAUACCGCACAGUCGUACGGCAACGAGGAAGAGGCAGGCAAAGCCAUCGCAUCCAGUGGUCUCAAGCGCGAGGAAAUCUUCAUCACGACCAAGUUCUCUGGACGCGACAACCUCAGCAUCGCAGAGAGUAUUCAGGCUUCUCUCAAGAAGCUGAACGUGAAGUACGUCGACUUGUACCUGAUUCACCACCCACGCCUCGCGCAACCCGACAUUAAGACGGCCUGGGCCGAGAUGGAGAAGAUUAAGGCCGCUGGGUUCGCGAAGAGCAUUGGCGUCAGCAACUUCGGCGUAACGGAGCUCACUGAGUUGCUUGCAACAGCAAAGGUUAAGCCGGCAGCGAACCAGAUUCUGCUUCACCCAUACGUGCAUGCGAGGCAGGCCCCAACUCUUGCCCUCUGUGCCGCGAACGGCAUCAUCGUUGAGGCAUACAGCGCACUUCUUCCCAUCACGCAACUGCCUGGUGGCGCGCUCGACAAGCCACUUGCCGAGAUCUCUGCGAAGCUCAACGCGAAGCCAGAGCAGGUGUUGCUGGCCUGGGUCAAGGCUAAGGGCGCGGUGGUCGUAACGACGAGUUCGAAGAAGGAUCGUCUCGAGAGUUAUCUUGCUGCUGCAUCUUUGCCGUUGUCCACGGCAGAUGUCGCCCGGCUCGACGCUGCUGGUGCAGUCGGGUACCAGUCGCGCAAGCUCAAGUUUGCCCUCUACACGCUCGCCAUCACUGGCUUAUUCGGCGUUGUGAAUCAUCUCGGUCGUGCAUUCUACGCAUAA